AUGGAGGCUAACAAAGAUUCGGCUAUUCAAUGUCUUCAUAUUGUCAAAGAAUCAAUUAUUGAAGCAUCAUCAUCAUCCAACCCCGAUGAAUGUUAUGAUAAAGCCAUUCGUCUCAUUAACAAGGCUAAAAAGCUCUACGAGGACAUAAAUCCAUCCGAGCAUGGUUUUGAUAGACAUUUCAAAUCAUUGGAUGAUUUAACUGGAUAUAUUCUUUCAAAAAGACAUCACAAACCAACUUCACAUAAUGCAUCAUCAUCAAAUGCGUCAGCAUCAACCUCUCGAUCACAUUCAGCAACCAACGGUCAGUCCUCUUCAACAGACGAUUCUCCUUCAACUCCAACCUAUACGAAUGAGCAACGACAGGAAGUAUUAGCUCUAUUGAAACUUAAAGAUGAUUAUUAUAAGGUGUUAGGAGUUGAGAAGACCGCCACCAAAGAACAAAUUAAAAAAGCAUACCGAAAGUUAGCUCUAAAAUUUCAUCCUGAUAGAAAUUCUGUUCCAGAAGCCACAGAAGCCUUUAAAAUUAUCGGAGCUGCUUAUAUGUGUUUGAGUGAUGACGAGAAAAGAAAAUUAUAUGAUGCUUAUGGAACAGACGAUCGACAAAAAAUUGGAAUGAGUCAACAGGAAGCCAUGUUUGGAAGAAGAAGAGGUGCCUUCUCAACCAAUGGAGGAUUUUAUUAUUAUGGAGGAAAUCACGGAGGCAUGGACGAAGAUGAAAUAUUUUUUGAUCUUUUUUCACAAAUGUUUGGAGCAAGAAAUGUAUACAUGUCACCUAAUCAAAGGAGGCAAAGACGACAGUAUCAACGCGCAGAAGAAGAUACAGAUGCUCAAAACACUCCAUCUUUCACGUUUGGUUGUAUUCAAUUGUCACUCAUUUUCGUGAUUCUUGCACUUUCAAUUCUGCCUUCAUUUUUCAGUAAUUUUUUCCCUCAGAAACCGUCAGCAAGCUACAACGAGGUAUAUGGUAAUGGAUACUAUCAUUUUGAGUCGAUUGGCUCAUUUUCUGAACAACGUUCUAUCACUUACUCUCCAAGAGGGAAAAAUAUUGAAAUACCAAUUUAUUACUCUCCACGAGUGUUGGCCAUUUAUGGAGAUACCAUUCACACCCAAUAUCGAAAAACGGUGCUAUCAGACUACAAACAUUACUUGUCCAAUAGGUGUACAGAACAAAAAUUUUAUGAGCAGGCUUCUUCAGAUAACGACAAAAGAGCAUGGUUGAGACGAAAAGAACCAGGUGCGAAUUACUGUAAACGCUUGCACGACAUUUUUGGAUGA